CGUAAUACGAUGCUUGAAUAGAUAAGUCGCCUUUCCAGAAACACUAUAUUAUAUUUUUUCACCACGGCCGAUAUACUUCUUCUUUAGACGUUCAGUGAAACACGUUCAGUGAUUUUAACUUAUACUUCGGCAGUAAUAAAACAUGACUGUAAAAUGCUCUUCAAAGGCUGCGCAAAGGAUUCCUAGCGCAGCAAGCACCACAGCAUUGCAUCACCUCCGUCAGCACCGCGCUUAUUAGUAAUAACAAAGCAAACAAUAACUCGACAGAAGAGCGGAUAAUCUAUUAGCGGAUCUGCACACUUCCUUCCAGUAUAAAAAUUUCAAAGCAAUACAGUUCGGUAACAUAUAUCUCCGUCAGUAUUAGACGUAUAGCCGUCGACGUUAAACAUUAACUCAACGUCAUCGGUCGCAUUGACAGUUCCUCAACGGGUGUUCCUCGCCGUCUAUAUAAAUGUCGGAACCACUGAAAACGAUAGUAGUCGCUCGCGGAAUUCGAUCGCACGGUCACUCUUCGGCGAGCCGCGCGAUAAUAAUGAGAACUAAACCACCACGUCGUGAUUUCAUUCCGCGAACGACGCUUUCGUGAAAUAAACAUUUUUUGCGCUCGCGCACGCGCACACACACACACACACACACACACGUACGUUUCCAAAGACAAGUUCAACGGACGAAUUUCUGAAGUGGAGAAACUUCGGCUAAUUGAAGUGGCACUAUUAAUACCCCAAUACUCUCAUUCGAGGGACUCUUACGUGAUUUUAAAAUAGUGACGAGUAUCGAGGCAGGACAAGAUGGAGAACCGUUUUCAAGGGAAAGCACCGGAAGAUGAUACGGUUGGACAAUUACCUCUAACUAAUAAGAGGCCUUCAAUGUCUCUAAGUAUGGGCGGACUGUGGGACGUAGUUCCACGACUAGAUCACUAUAGAUUAAGUCGUCGCGCGAAAAGACCGUCCCUAAGCACUCUUCAUGAAGGAAAUCUCAUAAAGGACGCCAACGCCGUCGAGACUGGACAGGCCGGGAGCGUCUCCGGUCAGCAGGGUCACGUCGGAAUAAAAUUAGGAUGGAUCCAAGGCGUUCUCAUACCGUGCCUGCUGAACAUAUGGGGCGUCAUGCUGUUUCUGCGACUCUCGUGGGUAGUCGCACAAGCCGGCAUACUGGAAACCGUCGUCAUUAUCGGAAUAUCGGCGGUCGUCUGCGUCAUUACGACGCUUAGCCUCAGCGCAAUUAGCACUAAUGGGGAAGUAAAGGGAGGUGGGAUUUACUUCAUUAUAUCUCGUUCUCUUGGACCCGAGUUUGGUGCAUCAGUGGGCAUUGUAUUUGCAUUUGCAAAUGCUGUAGCUGCUUCUAUGAACACGAUCGGUUUCUGUGAUUCCCUGAACGACUUAUUAAAGUCACACCAUUUGAAGAUCAUAGAUAAUAGCGUGAAUGACGUUAGAAUCGUUGGUACAAUAGCACUCAUUGUCAUGAUUCUUAUCUGUGCAGUCGGCAUGGAGUGGGAGUCAAAGGCACAAAACUUCCUUAUAGCCGUCAUUGUAGCUGCGGUCUUCGAUUUUUUAAUUGGUACUAUCAUGGGACCACAAAGUGAGGAACAGAAAGCAAAAGGUUUCAUGGGGUUCUCCGAGCAAGUAUUUAUGGAUAACCUUAAUCCAGACUAUCGGUACUCUGAGAAAAACAAUCAAAGUUUCUUCUCGGUGUUUGCCAUCUUCUUUCCAUCGGUCACCGGGAUUCAAGCGGGCGCUAACAUAUCUGGUGACCUGAAAGAUCCAGCGAGCAGCAUACCUAUGGGAACUCUUCUCGCUCUACUGAUCUCCAUGUUUAGUUAUGUAACUUUCGUCUUUUUCGCUGGCGCCGCGGCUGCUAGAGACGCAGGUGGUUUCGUCAACAACACUAUUGUGGACUGCAUUCCUAAGAUUAACUGCACGUACGGACUGCACAAUAGUUACUCGGUCAUGCAAUUAAUGUCAUUGUGGGGUCCACUAAUUUACGCAGGAUGCUUCGCAGCUACUUUGUCGACGGCGCUGACAAAUUUAUUGUCAGUGCCAAGACUCAUUCAAGCCCUGGGUCAAGAUCGAAUUUAUCCCGGAUUGAUUUACUUCAGCAAGGGAUACGGAAAAUCUGGGGAACCUUAUCGAGGAUACGUUCUCACGUUUGCCGUUGCGGCUCUCUUCCUUUUAAUCGCUGAUCUCAACGCAGUCGCACCGCUCAUCUCGAACUUCUAUCUAGCGUCGUACGCUCUAAUCAACUUCUGCACUUUUCACGCAGCGUUAAUUCGACCUCUCGGAUGGCGGCCUAGUUUUAAAUAUUACAAUACUUGGCUGUCUCUGCUUGGUUUUAUCCUUUGCGUGGCGAUUAUGUUCCUCAUCGAUUGGGUAACUUCACUCGUUACCUUCGUCAUCAUCUUCGCGCUAUAUUUAAUAGUAGUUUACCGUAAACCAGAUGUGAAUUGGGGCAGCAGCACGCAGGCGCAAACUUUUAAGUCUGCAAUUUCCAUCGUCUACAGGUUGAAUUCCAUUGACGAACAUGUGAAGAAUUACGCUCCUAAAAUUCUGGCGCUGACUGGUCCACCUGCUGCGAGACCCGCAUUGAUACACUUAGCGAAUCUCAUCACGAAGAAUAAUUCUUUGCUGAUCACCGGCGAAGUCUUUCCGACACGAUUAUCGUAUCGACUACGCUCCGUACGUCUAAAUAAUGGUACCUUCUGGCUGCAACAACAACGUAUAAAAUCAUUUUACCACUUGGUGGAUGACUUGAGUCUGGAACGAGGUGCUGCUGCGCUGAUGCAGGCUACCGGAAUCGGCAAGUUAGCUCCCAAUGUUGUCCUCAUGGGUUACAAAACACACUGGUCAACAUGCAAUCAUAAAGACCUUCAGGAAUAUUUCAACACUCUUCACAAUGCUUUUGAUAACAAGCUGGCUGUAGCAAUUUUAAGAAUUGCCGAAGGUCUGGAUUGCUCCAGUAUCACGAACGGAGAAGAAGCGAAUGGAGAAGAUGAUCAUGGAACUCUUGCACAGAGUAGUUAUAAUUUGGCAGGAAACACUUUAAUGCACGCCGACAGCAAUCUAUCGAUGAGCACGCAGAUUCCUAGAGUACAAAGUGUGCCGACAAUAGGUACUACAUUUACCACACCCGAUACGACACCUGUAAUCGGAUAUUCAACUAUAAAUUGGAAAGCUCAAGAUCAUUUGAAACAAAAGAAAAAACAUGCUGUUGAUAAGCUACUUGAGAGGCGAAACGGUGGCAUGGCUUCUAUACCGGAAAAUGUAACAAUUUUCCAAAAGAAACACAAGAAGGGAACAAUCGAUGUGUGGUGGCUGUAUGAUGACGGAGGUUUGACGAUUCUCCUACCGUACAUAAUUAGCACUCGUUCAAAUUGGAAGCACUGCAAGAUGAGGAUAUUCGCUCUGACCAAUCAUAAACACGAUAUCAGCGCACAAGAAAAAGAAAUGGUUGAGAUAAUGAACAAGGCACGAAUUAACUACACUAGCCUAAAGAUAGUAGAUGACAUCAGCGUCGAAUUGAAACAGGAGACGCGAACUUUCUUCGACAAAUUAAUAUCCGAUUUUCGAAUAAACGAUUCUUCUGAAAAUGGUGAAUGUUAUAUUACUGAUAACGAACUUCAGACUUUACGAGAUAAAACGCAUCGACAGUUACGACUGCGAGAAUUAUUACUGGAAAACUCAAGUCAGUCAACCUUGAUAGUUAUGUCUUUACCAAUGCCAAGGAAAGGCGCAGUCUCCGCACCGUUAUACAUGGCUUGGUUGGAGACACUUACGAGAGAUAUGCCACCUACGAUUUUAGUCCGCGGAAAUCAUACAUCUGUAUUAACAUUCUACUCGUAGUCCACCGAGCACCCUCUAGCUACGAAUGAUAUUUGCAGCCCGUUUUUUGCCAAGUUUUGAAAGUGGACAUGCGUCCAUACCAGAAUAAAGAAAUGAACGAAACCGGUGUGACCGGAAAUUUGGAUAGUCGACUGAUAAAGUUACUGAAUUCGAAGAUUACAACGAGUACAAAGAAGAAUAAAAAACUUUACUGGAGCUUGAUUACCAAUGAUCCAAUAAGAUUCUUGAAUGUGUGCGAAUAUGACUUGAGUGUCCUGUGUGAAAAAUAUGAAUGUUAGCGACGAGAAAAUAGAUAAGAGAAGAGUCUUUGGAAAGAGCGAUGAAUAGCGAAGAUGUUCUCCCACUUAAAGGAAUCCCAGUUUGUUAACGUAUAGUGUAAAUCAUGCCAACAAUCAAAUUAUGGUAGAAAAAACUAGUAUAAUAAAAAUAGAAGUUUGAGAAAGACAUACUAGUGGAAUAGUGAUUGGAAAAUAGGAAGGAGAGUAACAGGAAAAAUGUAAGGACAUAUUUUAUAGAAAAGGUUUCAUUGUGAUCGAACGAGAUUGAUCGGAUUGGAAAUGUGUAUUAACGCUAUCAUAUUACUGUAAAUAACUUGGCUAUUUUUUAUUAUGUUUAAAAAUGUGACAAGGUUUCUGUAGACAGUGUAACUAUUUAAGAUUUUAGAUAUUAAAAUUAUUUAAAAAAAAAAUUAUUAAAAUUGUUUGAAAACAAUUCUCGCAUAUUCUUCUCAUUGUAAUGUAAAUAUAUUAUACGUAACAUUAUUUUAUGUUAAAAAAAUAUUGAUUUUAAAUUUCAUAAAAAAUUACUAAAAGAACGAAUGAAUAUCGAACAAAUAGUGACCAAAAUAAAAUAAAAUUUAAAAGAG